AUGGCGGGUGGGUGGCGGGCGCUGCUGCGCGCUGCCCGGCGCUACCCGUGGCCCACGAACGUGCUGCUCUACGCGGCGCUCUUCUCCGCCGGCGACGCGCUGCAGCAGCGGCUACGGGGCGGUCCGGCCGACUGGCAGCAGACGCGGCGCGUGGCCACCGUGGCCGUGACCUUCCACGCCAACUUCAACUACGUAUGGCUGCGCGUGCUGGAGCGCGCGCUGCCCGGCCGUGCUCCGCGCGCCGUGCUGGCCAAGGUGCUGUGCGAUCAGGCGAUCGGCGGGCCCGUGGCCGUCUCGGCCUUCUAUGCCGGCAUGAGUAUUCUCCAGGAAAAGGAUGACAUAUUUUUGGACCUGAAACAGAAAUUCUGGAAUACGUACAAGAGUGGUCUGAUGUACUGGCCCUUUGUGCAGCUGACCAACUUCAGCUUGGUUCCCACGCACUGGAGGACAGCUUACACUGGACUUUGUGGUUUUCUGUGGGCUACCUUCCUCUGCUUUUCACAACAGAGCGGUGAUGGCACGUUCAAGUCUGCUUUCACCUUCCUUCAUGUGAAAGAGGCCGGUGCCGUUGAAAGGCCUCCCGAGAAAUGA